CGCCGCGAACCAUAGAGGAGAACGAAGCCGCUGCGCACGCGCGGCCGGCAACCCACGAAGCGCUUAAAACGCCCCUCAGCCCCCGGGCCCGUUUUGCCAUGUAAAUAAGGCUGCCUAACGGGCGAAGGGGUCGCUCCUGCCUUUCCUUCCUGUGAGGCCUGACUGGCCUUUGAAGCGGGGGCGCCAUGCCUCUUGAAGAGAUAAGGGGGUCCUUCAGGGUGUUUGAAAACUCUCUGCGGGGAAGCCUCCAAAAAGUUGGUUUCGAGCAUUUGCAGGUGGGCUGUGACUGCGCCAGCAAGUAUGUCCAGGGAACAGUUGCUGCUUCCUAUCCAUUAAGUAAAGUGGGAAACGGGACAUCUUUCUUCAAGAUUAUACUUCAAGAGUCAGAAAACCCAUGUUCUAAGGCCGGUGCUAUCAAUACUUAUAUGUUUGGGAAGUUGGCAGAGGAGUGUGCCAGCGUUGUACAUCAAGGGGACAUCGUGGUGGUAGCUGGAUUCAGCAUGGCUAAGUCCACCAGUGAAGCUGAUGGGCAUUGCUGUCGGCUAGAAGUCUCUGAUGAAGCUGGGUCAACUAUUUAUAUAAAAAUGAAGAGGAAAAUUAAAACCAGAGAAAGCACCCACCAAGUUUGUACUAGGUCAUCCAAUACAAUUACUGGUUCAGAAACUAUAGCCAUGCCUGUUACCCCCAGCUACACAUACACCCCUUUGAAUCGUGUUAAAGGCGGGACUAUUGUCAACCUCUAUGGUGCUGUGAAAUUCUUCAAGCCUCCAUAUAAAUGCAAAGGAACGGAUUAUUGCUCAGUGAUAACCAUUGUGGACCAAUCGGAUGCCAAGCUGAUAUGUUCACUUUUUAAUGUAAACAGAGAUGCCCUUCCACAAAUCUACAAAAAUGGUGACAUUGUUCGAUUUCACAGAAUAAAGAUCAAAGAGUUCAGCGGGCAGUUGCAAGGGAUUAGCAGCAGUGGAUUUGCAGCACUUACCUUUGAUGGUGCUGUAGGAACACCAGUGGUUCCUCGAACGUCCAGCAAAUUAUUCACAUUUACAGAUGAAGACAGAAAAACAAUAGAAGACUUGCGCAUUUGGGUGGCAUCUAAUCUUUUAAACUCUGCAGUCGUAGCAAAAUUGUCUGGCAUCCAGCCGCCUAUGUAUUUUGAUCUCACUUGCCAGCUUGUAGGAAAAGCAAAACUCGACGGAUCUUCCUACCUUCUCAAGGUAUGGGAUGGCACAAAAUGUCCCUUUACGUAUUGGAAGUUGCAUGUUAGAGAAGAUGACCUUGAAGGUGACAGUGUUCUCAUUCAUCGACUAAGAAACCUGACGGUGGAUGUUGUCGUUUACGAUAAUCAUGUCCAGUUGGCAAAAUCACUGAAGGUUGGAACCUUUAUUAGAUUGUACAGUUUGCAUGCAAAAUUCCAAAGUCCGGAAGAUGAGCCUGAUGUUUCAUAUCUACAAUUUCAUCUUCAUGGUGGUACCACGUACGGCCGUGGGAUUACAAGCCUGCCAGAAGGCCACGCCGAUGUUGAGGAUCUAAAGAAAUUCCUGAACUCUGUAGACUUGAUGGAAGAUGAGUCUUCAGAAAGUCCUUCAGAACCUGAGAAUGCUUACUUUACAUUAGGAUCUUGUUCAGAAGGAUGCCAGCAGUUAUCCGUUACAGUGCUGAGAGAUCACCAGCAUUUUGAAGUGACUGCACUGAGUACUAUUUUGAACAGCAGGAGUCCUCAGCCGUAUCGCAUCAGAGCUAAGCUGAGACAAUUUGAACCUGAAAAGCUUCAUCAGUCUGUUAAACUUCAUUGUCCCCAGUGCAAUUUGUUGCAAGAGGUUCCGGAUGGGAGUGAGCUUGAUCUAAUUUUACAGGAGGCUUCAGCUACAUGUCCAAGACCCGAUUUACAAAAUACAUCCUUCUGCGAAUCUGUUGUUUGGGAUACUGAAAACCAGGGACAGCGGCGUGUGGUUAUUCAUUUUGUAAAGCAUGAUGAACUACUACAAGACCCAGAAGACAGUUUGAUUAUGAUAGAAGGAGGCACACUGAAGGAAAUCUUGAAGCUCUAAAAAUUUAAAGGAAUUAUACCCGUAAGAGCCAUGGAAGACGAUCUUGAGUUGCUGGAUCUUUCAGCUCCAUUUCUUUGGCAAGGGAAUAUACCACACUAUGGGUGCAAACACUGUUCAAAUCCGAAGGCGAUAGCAAGCUUGAGUCCCCUUGCUACACAGAAAGAUCCAUUGUGGGAGCCCACUACCAUAGCACAAGCUUUAGGACUUGUGCCCCUUGAAUAUGUCUUUGUGAUGAAGUUUAUGCUGGACGAUGGAACAGGAACCCUGAAUGUGUAUCUCAUGGAUUGCAAAGAUUUCUUCCAAAUUCCAGCUUCUGAAGUCCUGACCAAUAAUAUUUUUCAAGAGAACAUAGAAAGGAUCAUGAACAAACUUUGCCCUUCAGGCACAAAUCUAGACGACCUGCCAUGGCUGGACUGUUUUAUCAAAUCCUACUAUGUCACGGAUGGAAGAGAGCAGCAAAUUUGCUAUCGGGUUUUUGACACUACGAUUGCUGAAGAUGUCUGAUAUCCAGCUACUUGGAAUAUAUUUAAGGGUUUGUAAUGUUUGUCGAUUUCAUUUGAAUAUAUAAACGAUCCAGGGGAUGUUGUAAGGUGUUUGCUUUUUUAUUAAAUGUGUAAAGAAGUACUUUGUUCUGAAUCAACAUAUAACUUAAAAUGAUUUUUUUUAUAUACUGUUGUUUGUCAUGGAAAAUUCACGUACGUUCUUUGCAGUUCUCCAGGUAACACACAAGUCAUAAUUCACAAUUCCCGACCCCUCAAAAAAGCUUAUUAGUUUGUUAUCCUCUAGUCUAGCAUGACUUUCAGAGUCAAACAAAAGUCCUUAAAGAAACUGAAAAGUCCUUAAAGAAACUCUUGAGCCAAUCCUAAAAGCCACAGUGUGGGGCCAUUCUCUAAAAUGGAGCAGGCUGUCUUUGAUUAGAAAAUACUGUUGCAGUGCAAUAGUCCAUGUGCAAAAAGCUUUGGGUUAUGCCACAAUACAGAUAGGAUUAGCUUCUUAUCACUGUUGAAACAUACAAUACAAUGCCAUCGCGUUCAGACAGAUAAGAAAAUAUCAAAAAUAUCAGGCACAUGCAUGCAUACAGUACAGUAAUAGUAUUUGAAUCUGGACUAUUCUGUACAUACAAAAUGAGCACAAAAUACCUAGCAGCUAAGUGCUGUUUGUGAUGGCACUUUCAAUUGUGUUUGCCUCUCAGAUCAUGUUGCACGUGACCCAGGCAGCUAAAUUUGGUGUUGGCUACACACUCCAGCUGAUCUUCUUUUCUCCUUUGCAUAAUCUGAUUUGGGAACCAGUUUUAGAGCCAUGGAGUUUCAGGCUAGUAAGUCACUGUACUAAUUGGCUCUUAGAGUGAAACAAAUUGCUCUGGGUUUCUUUAUCUGCAGUAUACCUUCGGUAUACAUAUGCUCAUGCAAGACUUUAACACACAAAGUUUUCAUCCAGUGGGCAAGAAUUGUAUCUUAUUAAAAUGUAUUACAUGCUGGCAGCUACAACACUGUAUUCCAAGCCAUGUAAAAUAUUUAAUAUAGUCUUCAUUGUAAAAUUGUCUUGAUGCAUAUCAUGUGGCUUAUUUUAUUAUUAUUAUUUUUUAGGUAAUUAAGAAUAGAUGGUUCUUGCAGUUGUUUGUGGACUUUUUCUAUAAUGGACAUUAUUUCUGAUCCCCCAAAGCACUUAACUGCAAAUCUACUGAAUAUAAGGGCUUUGAGCUUAGUUCUUUGCCUAGGAAUGUAUGACUGGCAAUAUUUCUCAAGGCAUCUGUUACUCAGCACUGUAAAAGCAAUGAGAAA